AAACUUGUGCAAUGGGUUCAAAUUGUGCAACUACACUUCUUCCUUUUACUUAAACUUCGGCUUCAGUCGCAUUGGAUUCAGUGUCAGAAUCACACGUUGACAGUAUUGUCCAAAGGAUUAACAUCAUUGGAUUCAGUGCUAGAAUCGCACGUUGACAACUUUGUCAAAGGAUUAAAAUCUAGACAGGGUGGAAACAUCAAAGCCUUAAGUGAUUCAAAGAAAAGAAACGAAGAUGACCAUAAGCAGUAAUUCGUCUAACACUACCAACUGCAAAGACUUGCGGAACCCAACAGUGGCAAGGGAGGUCCUUCCAGUUUUGUAUUUCUUUGUUUUUGUUGGAGGGUUACUGCUGAAUGCACUGGCUGCCUGGAUCUUCUGUCAUAUUCCAAGUCACUCCAGCUUUGUUGUUUAUCUCAAGAACAUUGUCACCACCGAUCUGAUAAUGGUCAUGACAGUUCCUUUCAAAAUCCUCUCUGACUCGCACCUUGGGCCCUGGCAGUUGCAGGCUAUUGUGUGUCGUUACACUCUGGUCAUCUUCUACAACAGCAUGUACCUGAGCAUCAUCUUCCUCGGCCUCAUCAGUUUCGACAGGUACCUGAAGAUAGUGCGGCCCAUGAGAAAUCUGACCGUGCAGAAGGUCACAUUCGCCAAGUUUGUCAGUGUGGGUUGCUGGCUCUUUAUGAUAGCCUUUGCACUGCCAAACGUCCUUCUGACAAACAAAACCCCCACAAAGGAUACUGCCACACAGUGUUACAGAUUGAAAAGCGAGCUAGGUAAAGCCUGGCAUCAUUUCAUCAUUUUAAAAUGCCAAGUUAUUUUCUGGAUCACCUUUGUGCUCCUCAUUAUCUGCUAUUCAGCCAUCUUAAAGAAACUAUACUGGUCCGAUCGGAACCUGCAAAAGGAGUCCAACUAUGUGAAAAAGAGAGCAAAUCGUAACAUAUUCAGCAUCAUGGUGGUCUUCAUAGUCUGCUUUGUGCCUUAUCAAAUUAUCAGGCUGCCUUAUGAUCAGGGUCGAAAGAACAAAAUAAACUGUACAACAUUCAACAUACUGUAUUAUGCAAAGGAGGCAUCACAGCUGCUGUGUGCAUUUAACAUUUGCCUUGAUCCAAUCAUCUAUUUCCUACUGUGCAAAUUAUUUACUAAACUUUUAUUUAAAAAGAUGCGACUACAACAAGAUCUCGAAAUAGAAAUGUCUUAAGUGAGACAGGAGCAUUCACUGCCAAAACUAUGUGUGCCCAAACAAGGCCACUCUAACAGACUAAAUCAUCUCCAAGUUACAGUUGCCUCCUUUCGUCAAAACAGCAGAUCCUGCAACAAACGUUAAGUCACACCCUCGACUGUUCUAUACUGGAGAGACAACAAAUGCAGGUCCAUCAUAGCUUACUCUGCAACUGGUCACAUAAAACAAACAUCACAGCAAUGUUAAAGAAGCUAGAAAGUUUGGGAAAUUUGUGACCCUCGGUGCAUCUUUGAACUUGCUGGCCAGUUUGCACAUUCAUAACAGUGUAAUCCAUUCAUGUUCUUGUAAUAUUUAACCUCACAUGCUUGGUCAUUAACCAUUUCCCUAAAUUGAAACACAAAUGAGACACUGAGUACCUUUGUAAUCUGCUCACAAUCUGCUGGGAGAUAAAAAGAUAACGCUUACAGUCGGUACAAAGCAUCUUCCAGCUAUGAGAUUGCACUAUCUGAAUUCUUUAAAUAUUAUGAAGCUGUAGUAAGCUAACAAAGAUGUUCACUGACAUUCAAAGACCUGAAAUUGCAUCACUGAUUCUUCCAUUGUGCAAUCAUUAAUUAAAUUUAUUCAUCCAGACGCUAAUGCUUCAGGUACUUACAUUGAGCUGUCACAAUCUACAAGCUAUUCCUUUCUAUCCUGCCUUUCAGAUUAGAUUGAAAAAAUGGAUCUGGGCAAAUAUUUGGACAGGCGCUCACCUCAGUAUACAAAUGAUUCAUUUCAUAGAUUGUACUUAAUUGUUUCACUUUCUGUUGAUGAUUUUCUGCUGAAUUAAA